UUUUGCAAUCCUGUUAUGCAGAAGAGGAGACUAUUAAAAAAAGCUCCUUGUGAGACAGACUGCUUCCUCAAAAUGACUGCGUUACUCAGUCACCGCAAUGUUUCUGUUUAGAAGACACAAAUGAAUGUAGCUGACAUGGCUGUAUAGCGGUGUGGGUGUGAAGGACCCAUUUAUUGUUGGAGGAUUGAAUUCAGCACAGAUUGAGCGGCGUAAGAUACAGACACAGGAUCACCUCUGGGUGCCUGAAGAAGUUGGACCAAAAUGCAGAGCAUGAAGUGUGUGGUGGUUGGAGAUGGAGCUGUGGGGAAGACCUGCCUUCUAAUCUCCUACACCACCAAUGCCUUUCCUAAGGAGUAUAUCCCUACUGUGUUUGACAAUUACAGCUCAGAGAUCACAGUGCAAUCCAAACCCAUCAGUCUUAAUCUCUGGGAUACGGCCGGUCAGGAAGCGUACGACCGCCUGCGCACCAUAUCCUACCCGCAGACCAACAUCUUCAUCAUCUGCUUCUCCAUCUCCAGUAUGACCUCUUUCGAGAACGUCAAGCUGAAGUGGUAUCCGGAGGUAUCGAAACACUGCCCUAAUGUACCCAUUCUUCUAGUAGGAACCAAAAAAGACCACAGAGAGGAUCCGGAAAUGUUGCAAAAAUUAAAGGAACAGAAAAUGACUCCUGUCACCGAGCAGCAAGGAAAGGCUCUGGCUCGAGAAAUCCGAGCUGUCAAGUACCUCGAGUGCUCAGCUCUCAACCAGGAGGGGGUGAAGGAAGUAUUCGAAGAAGCUGUCCAUGCCUUUUUGAAUCCGAAACCUGAGCGUAAAAAAUUCUGUUUCAUUUUAUAAAGAUUUAUCACUAAAGAUGAUUUUUUUUCAAACAUCAUUGUACAAAAAACUCUAAGGACUCAGUUAUGAGCCUCUCUACAACAUGGACUUCAAGAUAACCUUUGCAUUAUUUCCCAUUUAAUACAUUUGUUUUUAAAGUUUAUAUAUAGAUUAAAAUAUCUUCUAUGAUUAA